GGGGGCGGCAGCUCAGUGCAGUUUGGUGAGGGCUGGAGGACGCUCUUGCGGUCCCGCAGUGGAGAAGGGCUGGGAGCUUUGGGAGAAGGGGAGGACAGGCUGGAGGCGUGUUCCUUCCUUCGGAGUUUUCUUUUUCCUGCGAGUCCUUGCGCGCGCGUACAGUCAUCCCUCGGGUCUGUUCUGGCGAUCGUGGAGAGGAGGCAGGGAGGCUUCAUCCUUCCCACCCGCUCAUCGCCAGAGGCUGGAGGCUCAGCGAGACCUCCCCCAGAGAAGCCCUGCCCCACCGGAUAAGUUUUCCGCCGCCAAGACAGCCCUGCAGCUGGGGCGGCCGGCGCGCCGCAGCCCGGGACACCGGCCACCCACCCUCUGCGCCAUCCACCCUCUCGGGCUCCGGCUUCCUCUGGCCCAGGCGCUGCGCGAACCCUGCAGGGGCGCCCGCCGAGCUCCACGGUGAAGAAAAAAUAGAGUUGUAAAAGCGAUACACUAAGACUUUUCUUCAAAUUCGCAUCAAGAUGGAAAUGUUUUGCCUCAGAGCAUCCUUUUGGCUGGCACUGGCUGGAUGUGUAAUCAGUGACAAUCCUGAGAGAUACAGCACAAAUCUAAGCAAUCAUGUGGAUGACUUUACCACUUUUCGGGGGACAGAGGUCAACUCCCUGGUGACUACCCAUCGACCCACAAAUUUGGCCCUCCCCAGCAACGGUUCAAUGCACAACUAUUGCCCACAGCAGACUAAAAUUACUUCCGCUUUCAAAUACAUUAACACUGUGAUAUCUUGUACUAUUUUCAUCGUGGGAAUGGUGGGGAAUGCAACUCUGCUCAGGAUCAUUUACCAGAACAAGUGUAUGAGGAAUGGCCCCAACGCACUGAUAGCUAGCCUUGCCCUUGGAGACCUUAUCUAUGUGGUCAUUGAUCUCCCUAUCAAUGUGUUUAAGCUGCUGGCUGGGCGCUGGCCCUUUGACCACAAUGACUUUGGCGUCUUUCUUUGCAAGCUGUUCCCCUUUCUGCAGAAGUCCUCAGUGGGAAUCACCGUCCUCAAUCUCUGCGCUCUCAGUGUCGACAGGUACAGAGCAGUUGCCUCCUGGAGUCGUGUUCAAGGAAUUGGGAUUCCCUUGAUUACUGCCAUUGAAAUCGUCUCCAUCUGGAUCCUGUCCUUUAUCCUGGCCAUCCCCGAAGCCAUAGGCUUUGUCAUGGUGCCCUUUGAAUACCGGGGUGAACAGCACAAAACCUGUAUGCUCAAUGCCACAUCAAAGUUCAUGGAGUUCUACCAAGAUGUGAAGGACUGGUGGCUCUUCGGGUUCUAUUUCUGCAUGCCCUUGGUGUGCACUGCAAUCUUCUAUACCCUCAUGACCUGUGAGAUGUUAAACAGAAGGAAUGGCAGCUUGAGAAUCGCCCUCAGUGAACAUCUUAAACAGCGUCGAGAAGUGGCGAAAACUGUUUUCUGCUUGGUUGUAAUUUUCGCUCUUUGCUGGUUCCCUCUUCAUUUAAGCCGUAUUUUGAAGAAAACUGUGUAUGAUGAGAUGGACAAGAACCGAUGUGAAUUACUUAGCUUCUUGCUGCUCAUGGAUUACAUCGGUAUUAACUUGGCAACCAUGAACUCAUGUAUAAACCCAAUAGCUCUAUAUUUUGUGAGCAAGAAAUUUAAAAAUUGUUUCCAGUCAUGCCUCUGUUGCUGCUGUCACCAGUCCAAAAGCCUGAUGACCUCAGUCCCCAUGAACGGAACAAGCAUCCAGUGGAAGAACCAUGACCAGAACAACCACAACACAGAGAGGAGCAGCCACAAGGACAGCAUUAACUAACCAUCUGCAAGACAUUCAUUGAUUCUCCUUGAAAUCCCUAUUGGAGAAAAAAUUUCACGMAGUAACUGUGUCUCCAGGAGUCUCUUCUCUGAUCCUUCAUCCUUCACUCAGGCCCUCCUCUGGAUAAAAGUGCUCUCCCUAUGUUUUCCAAAGCAGUGGAAGGUGGAUUCAUUUAUAUCCACCAAGCUCAUAAAUCUCACUUCUUUAAUUUAUCUAAUGUACAUAUUCCAUACAUUAUUUCGACACUAAAAAGUGAUGGGAAUUGGAGGAGAAUGGAGACUAUUAAGUGAACCUGAAGGAUAUUUGCUACUUUGCAUGAAAUUAGGGAUUUUUCAAGUACAUAACUAGAUUUUCUAUUUUUUAAGUGUUUUUUUUUCUUCCAAAUAGCAUGGGUUUAAGUCACCUUUUUUUAAAAUGUCAUUCAGUGCCAGUAUUUCUUAACUAUGUGGUAGCCUAGAAAUGAUCGAGCCUAUUGACAUACAUUUUGUUUUAAAAAAAAAAAAAGGAAAGGAAAGAAAGAAAAGACAAGAACAAUAUUCAGGUGAACAAUUACAUUAAUGUUUCUCACUGUUUUAUUGUUUAAAACAUGAGUUCUAAAGCUGCAACAAAUACAGGCAUACAAACCACAGACUGGUAACCACAUAUAGUAGUUUAACAGCUGCUAUUCAAAGAAUGUUUAAGAGCUUGUAUUUUCUUUUUAAAUAGUGUUUUAUUACAGAAGACCUUGAACAUAUUUUUAUGUUAAUUUCAAAAAUAAUUCUGGGAUCCAAUAGUUCUGUUUUUCUCAAACCCAAAUGUUCUUUUACUGUAAGUUUUUUAAAAUGUUAAAAUCAUGUUCCAAAAUUUAAAUGACUCAUUAAACUAAGCCUGAGACUUUCAGUGCAAUGUUUAGAUGUCUAAAGCAUAGCUAGGAGAAAAAGAUUGAAUAUUUUUAGAAGAUUUGGAAAUUUUUCACUGAGAUUUUGGUAACAGUAACAUACAUGGGUGUGUAUCUAUAUCUGUAUCCAUGUAUAUAGACACACAUAUUGCCUUAUAUUCUCUUAAUUUCUCCUAAAAUGUUAGCUGGCCAUAAGACUUUUUUUGGUUAUUCUUUUCUCCAGUUAGGAAAGAUAAUUUCCAAGUGUCCAGGCAAGUGUACCAUGUCAGUGAAAUAUAGUUACUGCUACCAUGGACUUUUGAUUCUUCUUUGGGUGACCAGAAAGAACCCAAAUCCCCACCUCAUCCCUACUCCCUAGUGGUCACCAUUUCAAAGGGCCCACAAUGACUUUUUCUGGGCAUUUCCCCAAAUGUUUACAGACUGUGAGUACAGCAAAAAAGAAAAAAAGAAAAAAAAAAAAAC